UAUCAACAUUCCACAUGAUGCUUGUUUUCAGAUUAUAGGAAUAUGUGCUAUCGGCUUAUCGUGGUACGUUCUUUCAUCUGAUAGUUUACCAGCUGAACUGAAGUUCCUACAAGGAGCAAAGGUUGUUACGUAUGCUGGUUUGGUACUAGGAACUUUAUUUUUUGUAAUUGGUUUUACAGGCGGACUUGGAGCAGCAGUACAAAAUGUCAUCCUCUUAAAGUCGUACAUGUUUAUACUCGCAUCAAUAGUGUUGCUGGAGAUCGCAGUAAGCAUCUAUAUUCUUGUGAUGGAUGAGGAGGAAAUCCUUUUAAAAGUUUGGGAAAAGAUGGACGACGUGAGUCGAGAUUUGGUGCACUCACAGUUGAAAUGCUGCGGAUUCAAUAGUACCUCAGAAUACGAAGAAAUUCCGCCCUCGUGCACUGACACAGACACAGGACAACAAUACAACAUCUCCUGUUACACGAGACUUUGGGACCUCAUUGAUGACAACCUAAUAGCAUCCAUAGCUUCUGUCGCAACAGUAUUUUUAGUUCAGAUAGUUGCAAUUGUACUUGCGUACAAAUUCAAAAAUAAUAGAGUGGCUCAAAUAAAAGGUACGCGGACUGCCUGGGAUUUGUAAAUCGUCAUCGGUCUUCUUUAUAAUAAAUUAUAUUUCUCUACAUAACAGAAUGCAAGAAAAAGGAAAUUAUUUUGAAAUAAAAAUGGAAUGAUUCUGAAUCAUAUCGAUAUCAAAACAUAAUAAAUACUAGUGAACAGAAAAACAGUAACUUAACGAAUCAAAGUGUAGACCUAUAUUAUGAUAUAACUUAACUUUCAUUAUCGGAUGUUUUU